AUGGCUUUGCCUAGAAGCCAAGGCCAUUGGUCCAACACAGACCUCUUGAGGUUACUGGAAUGCAUGCAGAAUAAUCUCCCAUCUGAUGACAACAGCACGUUUAGCUCAACUCAGUCACACAUGGACUGGGGAAAAGUAGCUUUUAAAAACUUUUCUGGUGAAAUGUGCAGACUCAAAUGGUUAGAGAUUUCUUGCAACUUGAGAAAAUUCAGCACUUUUAAAGAAUUAGUCCUGGAAACUAAGAAAUGUGUUAAAAAGAUGAACAAAAGCCAGAAAUGCAGGAACCAUCCAGACUUUCCAAAGAGGCCCCUUACUGCUUAUAAUCGCUUCUUCAAGGAGAGUUGGCCCCAGUACUCCCAAAUGUACCCUGGAAAGAGAAGCCAGGAACUGACCAAAAUCCUGUCAAAGAAAUACAAGGAACUCCCAGAGCAGAUGAAACAGAAAUAUAUUCAGGAUUUCCAGAAGGAAAAGCAAGAAUUUGAGGAAAAACUUGCUCGAUUCAGGGAAGAACACCCUGAUUUUGUCCAGAAGUCCAAGAAAUCUGGUGUCUCCAAGAGGACUCAAAUCAAAGUGCAAAAGAAGGUUCAGAAAAAUGUUGAAGAAGUGAGGUCUCUUCCAAAAACGGAUCAAUUUUUCAAGAAGGUAAAAUUUCAUGGAGAGCCUCAGAAACCCCCCAUGAAUGGAUACCACAAGUUUCACCAAGAUUCCUGGUCAAGUAAGGAGCUGCAACAUUUGUCAAUGAGGGAGCGCAUGGUAGAGAUUGGCAGACGCUGGCAGCGCAUCCCACAGAGCCAGAAGGAUCAUUUGAAGAGCCAAGCUGAGGAGCUGCAGAAGCAAUACAAGGUGAAAUUGGAUCUCUGGCUCAAGACUUUGUCACCUGAAAAUUAUGCUGCAUACAAAGAAUCGACCUAUGCUAAGGGUAAGAAUAUGGCCAUAACAGGAGGCCUGGACACCAGGUUGAAACAAGCAGAUCCGCAGUCCUCAUUAGCAAAGGGUCUGCAAGAAGGGUUUGGGGAUGGGCAAGGGCUCCAGCCUGCAAGAACAGAUUCAUCACAGACUAGUUGGGUAAACUGUCAUGUCUCCAUGGAACCAGAAGAGAACAGGAAGAAAGAUGCAGAAGAGGAAGAAAGCAGUAACUCUUCAGACUGCAGCAGUGGAGAAGAAAUGGAAGUUGAUGUCUGA